AUGUCCAUCCCAACGCUCCCUGUCGAACUUGUGACUAGAGUCUGCAGUUACCUCGAGCGACCGGAAUGGGCUGCGUUCAGGUUGACUUGCACUCGGCUAUACUUUUCAUCCUUAGACGCGUUCACAGAUCGAUAUUUUAGAAGCAUUCGCUUCAUGGCCACAAGUGACAGUCUUCGUGAACUAGAAGACUUAGCUUCGAAUAUGGCCAUUCAAGCACGUGUUCGAAAUUUAUGGAUGAUACCGACCAUCUUUGAAGGUCGUCACAACCUGGAACCUCCUGCAUUUGAGACAUCUCACUAUGCAAUGUCGUUAAAAUAUGACCGACGUUUAGAGGGCAAAGAACUAGAAUCUCGCUACGCCAUAUAUCAAGCUACCGUGGCAGAUAAUUUUGCGUUGCUUGAGUCAGAUGACUUCAGCACCAGACUUCAAAAAUGCUUCGCUCGCUUUAGCAACCUGAAGUCUAUUGGAUUCCAGCAUUAUACAACAUCAUUUCUACUAGACCCACGACAGAAUGAAGUUCGAUAUCUAGGUUUGCGCCGGCUCAGGGAUCAAAUGGACUUGGAGUUCCGCCCUCUGCACUUAUCUUUUCUGGAAUCCAAACUCAAUACCAAGCCCACCUCUCUGGCCAUGCGCAGACUAUUCCAAGCACUCUUGGGUUCUAAUAAACCAUUCAAACCCAAGGAGCUACAUACGUGUGGUACCGACUUCUGUGGUCGGAUACCUCUAGAUCUUUUCCUAACACAGGUGGAAUACGACACCCUUCUCCUGAACCUAGGGAGCCUCGAGUACCUACAUAUGUGCGUCUCUUAUGACAGAUCGAUAUCAGAAAACAGACCAUACCCCAGAGCCAACACUAUUAAUCUCCUUCUCAAAAUUGCUCCUAAGCUGAAAACACUCGUCUUUUCUCUGUGGAACAAGUCGAACGACCGACGCGCGAUGAGGCGCCACCACUUCUUGGAUAUUGCUCAAAGCAUCAAUUUCACGCAGCUCACAAAACUUCAUCUUCAUUGGAUCGAAAUCCAAUAUGAUUCCUUGAAAUCAUUCUUAAACACAGCGAAGGCAACGUUAGAAACCCUCACGCUUGAAUUGGUUACAAUGAGCGACGAUAGUCCUCCUGCGACAGAUCAAACGCCUGUCUCAAACAUUCAGUCUCCCCUGGAUAGGAUGAGUGCUUCUUGGCAAUGUGUUUGGAUCCUUCUUGGAAACGAGUUCUCGUUCAAAACAUUUGAAGUGAAAAAUCUUCAGUAUCAGGGCUUGAAAGUUUUUUGUAUAAAACAUGCCGAUAGAAGUCAAAAGGUUGAGUCCACUCGCUUUGAUGCUGAAAUAGCCGAGAUCUCGUUCCACGAAUGGAUGAGUCAGUUGACGUUAGUAGUAACGGGUGAACUUCGUGAUGCAGCGGCAGUAAGACAUCAAGGUGAGUCACCAACGUACUCCAAAGGAAUUAAUCAUCGUUCUCAUAUCUUGACAGAAUGGUUCGAUUCAAAGCUGCCCCAGCACUACGAUUUGACUCACUCACGUUCAAAUGAUCAUGAGAUUGCAGAGCGGCCCUCGCCAAUGGAAUUCUUGGAACCAAAUGUAUGGGAACUGGAUGCACCAUAG